AGUUACUGAAUGACUGGCGUGGUGUUUGUAUGCGUUUAUAUAUCCGUUGCUGAGUCGCGUUUAUAUAUUGCUUUUUCUUUCGGAACUGUCAAAAGGAGAGUUUUCUUUUGUAAAUUUGUUAUUAUUAAUCGAAUAAUGUGAUUCGUUUCUUAUGUAAAUGUUAAAACAGUACAGUGACCGCUAAACUUAAACGUAAAUUUAAUUAUAAGUGGAAUUGUCACAUUGACACAUGACUUGUGAAUGAAUAAAACUGUUCCAAAAGGUUCUUAUCAGGCGAAACAUUAUUAACAUUACCCUAAUCAGUGAUAGUGCGAUUGCUCAACAGCAAAAAUGAUGGACUCUCAGCUGGUGUGGGCGAGAGAUUCAUCGGAGGGCUACAUACAAGGAAAUAUCAGUGAAAUUGGUCCAGCUGAAUUUGAGGUUGCGCCAGUAGAUAAAAAAUUUCCGAAACGUAUAUGCCUCGUUGAGGAUAUAUUUCCGUCAUGUGAAGGUGUUCAGGAUCAUGAUGAUAAUUGUGAGCUUAUGUUCCUCAACGAAGCAACGUUUCUAGAUAAUUUAAGAACCCGAUACUUUAAGGAUAAAAUCUAUACAUACGUAGCUAAUAUCCUGAUUGCAGUAAAUCCGUACAAAGAAAUACGGGAUCUAUAUUCAGAUGGAACCAUUGUCAGAUACAAAGGAAAAUCUUUGGGCGAAUUACCACCGCAUGUUUUUGCAAUUGCCGACAAGGCGAUCAGAGACAUGAAAGUCCUGAAACUGUCUCAAUCAAUCAUUGUGUCGGGCGAAAGUGGAGCAGGAAAAACAGAGUCUACCAAAUAUCUGUUGAAGUAUUUAUGUCAUUCAAUGGCAGCAGCUGGACCAAUUGAACAAAAAAUCCUGGACGCAAAUCCCAUUUUGGAAGCGUUUGGCAAUGCCAAAACGACGCGGAACAACAACAGUUCGCGAUUUGGUAAAUUUAUUGAGGUCCAUUAUGAUGCAAAGUGUCAAGUGGUCGGUGGACAUAUAUCUCACUAUUUAGUUGAGAAAAGUCGGAUAUGUACACAAAGUCCUGAGGAGAGAAACUAUCAUGUCUUCUACAUGCUUUGUGCUGGAGCAACUCAACAGCUGAGAGAUAAAUUGUCACUGGGAAAACCAGACGACUACAGAUAUCUGUCUGGCUGCACCCAAUUCUUUGCUAGUAAAAAUACCGACAAGAAGAUUCCCGUUGCUCAAAAAUCCAAAAGUCAUCAAACGAAAGGGCCACUAUCCGAUCCGAUACUGGACGAUUACGACGAUUUCCAAAUGUUAGAUCAGGCACUCACCCGACUCGGACUGACAGAGCAAACUAAGUUUGAAAUUUAUGCAUUGGUGGCUGCAGUUUUACAUUUGGGAAACGUUUGUUUCGAAGACAAUCCCGAAGAUACGCGCGGUGGUUGUCAGGUUUCUAAAGCAUCCGAACCAUCGAUGGCAAUUGCAGCAAAAUUAAUUGGUGUGGACUCGUUUGAAUUGCGACAAGCCUUAGUAUCUAGAGUGAUGCAAAGUAAGGGAGGUGGUGUUAAAGGCACCGUCAUCAUGGUUCCACUUAAGAUCUACGAAGCCAAUAGUGCUCGAGAUGCUCUGGCAAAGGCAUUGUAUAGUCGAUUAUUCGAUCAUAUUGUAUCGAACAUCAAUCAGAGCAUUCCAUUCAAAGCUUCCAGUUACUAUAUUGGAGUAUUGGACAUUGCUGGUUUCGAAUAUUUUACGGUCAAUUCGUUCGAACAAUUCUGCAUCAAUUACUGCAAUGAGAAAUUGCAAAAAUUCUUCAACGACAACAUUUUGAAACAUGAACAAGAGCUGUACCGUCGUGAAGGACUGAAUGUACCGGAAAUCAAGUUCACCGACAACCAGGACAUUAUAGAACUGAUCGAGUCCAAAUCGACGGGAAUAUUCACACUUCUUGACGAGGAAUCUAAACUACCGAAACCAUCGUUCGCUCAUUUUACGUCUGAAGUUCAUAGCUCCUGGAACAAUCAUCCACGGCUGUCGUUCCCUCGCCUAUCUCGUUUGAAGGCGCAUCGAACGCUACGAGACGAGGAAGGCUUUUUGGUACGACAUUUUGCUGGUGCCGUUUGUUAUAACACCAAUCAAUUUAUUGAAAAGAACAACGAUGCACUGCAUGCAUCCUUAGAGUUCUUGGUUCAAGAGUCAGCUAAUCCGCUUCUGAAAGUUUUGUUUGCUAAUGGAAAUUCAGCAUCUCGCGGUAAAUUGAAUUUUAUAUCGGUCGGUUCGAAAUUCAAAACGCAACUGGGUGAACUGAUGGAAAAAUUGGAGAAAAAUGGUACAAAUUUCGUUCGUUGCAUAAAGCCAAAUAGUAAAAUGGUCGAUCACGAAUUCGACGGAUGCUUGGCACUGGCCCAAUUAAAUUGUUCGGGAACGACAUCUGUGCUGGAAUUGAUGGAAUACGGUUAUCCAUCGAGAGUACCAUUUUCGGAGCUGUACAACAUGUAUAAGUCGUACUUGCCACCGGAGCUAGUGCGCUUGGAACCAAAGACAUUCUGCGAGGCAAUGCUACACUCGCUCAAACUGAACAACAAAGAUUUCAAAUUCGGCAUCACAAAAGUGUUUUUCCGUCCGGGAAAAUUCAUUGAAUUCGAUCGCAUUAUGAAAUCGGAUCCGGAGAAUUUAAGAGCCAUUGUUGCGAAUGUUAAGAAGUGGUUGGUGCGAUCCAGAUGGAUUAAGUCGGCCUUCUGUGCUAUUUGUGUUAUUAAAAUUAAGAAUCGUAUCAAAUAUCGCAACAAAUGCAUUCUCUUGGCACAAAAGAUAAUCCGUGGAUAUCUAGCACGUAAACAGCAUCAGCCUCGCUACAAGGGAAUCAUGAAAAUCAAGGCGAUCAAAGUGAACCUGUCGAAAACGGAAGAGAUAGCCAAUCAAUUGCGAAACAAUAAAGAUUCUAUUCUCAAACAAGUCAAAGACGUUGAACAAUUGAUUGAUCGAUCGGUGGCAAAAAUUAAGACGGAUCGAAAAAUCAAAGCAAAAGAAAUCGACGAGAUGUACGCCGAUAUAAUGGUCAAAAUUGAUAAUCAGAACAAUCUGCUUCGAUCACAGCUACAGGAUCAACGUCAAGCCGAAGAACAGGAAAGACUUCGGAAGAUACAGGAAGCGAUUGAAAUUCAACGGAAAAUCAAAGAGGAAGAGGAACGCGUUAUACGCCAAGAGGAAGAGAACCGAAAGAAGAGGGCAGAGAUUGAGGCAAGACGUAAGGCCGAAGAACAGGAACGAAAACGUCAAGAAGAGGAGGAUCGAAAGGCAGCUUUAGCUUUACAGGCUCAACUAGAAAAAGAGGCUCAAGAAGACACAAAAUACCGUCAGCAAUUGCAACAGGAACGACGUGAUCAUGAAUUGGCGUUACGCCUGGCCCAAGAAUCAAAUGGACAAGUAGAAGAAAGUCCCCCACUUAUGCGAAACGGAAUAAACGAUGUUACAUCCAUGAGUAACACACACAACAGACUGAUAAGAUCGGAAAAUGUUCGAGCUCAACAACAAUUAAUUGGUAAACAGAAGCAUGACCUUUCGAAAUGGAAAUAUUCGGAACUUCGAGAUGCAAUCAACACGUCAUGUGAUAUUGAAUUGUUGGAGGCAUGCCGACACGAAUUCCAUAGACGAUUGAAGGUAUAUCAUGCAUGGAAAGCAAAAAAUCGCAAACGAACCACGAUGGAAGAGAACGAACGAGCACCGAAAAGUGUGAUGGAAGCGGCAGCUAAAGCUCCGCCACGAAUUCAACCGAAACAAGAAAUCAGUUCCUCGAUACAUCGCUAUUUCCGCAUUCCAUUUAUGCGGGCGAACAAUAACAACACCGAUCCGAAUAAACGAGGAUUGUGGUACGCUCAUUUUGACGGUCAAUACGUAGCCAGACAAAUGGAAUUGCAUGCCGAUAAACCACCGAUAUUGUUAGUUGCAGGCGUUGACGAUAUGCAAAUGUGCGAAUUGAGCCUCGAAGAAACGGGCCUGACGCGUAAACGUGGAGCCGAAAUUUUGGAGCAUGAAUUCAAUCGAGAGUGGGAGCGCAACGGUGGCAAAGCGUACAGAAAUUUGGGAACUUAUCCGUAGACUUAAAAAUAUCAUUAUUCCACAACGAGAUGUCGUGCCUUUUCCCGAAAGAAAAAAAAUAGUAAUUCCAGUUAUAAAUUUUUAAAUUAGAAUGUUCCGACAUUGUUUUCCAUUUUGCCUUUAUCUAUAUUUACUACAAAAUUUAUUAUGGCGAGGGCAGUGAAACGGUAUAAUUCCUACGCAAAGUGAAUUGUGUGUUUGUGUGUAUUGUGUAGGUAUUACGUAGCUAGAGGUUUACAUUUUAAUAUUUUGGACUGAAAUCAUGGACGUAAUGUCUUAGCGACAAUGAAGCUUGUCUGGGGAAGCAUAAAAAAUAUCAGUGAUGCAAGAGACGCCUCAUCAAUGAGAAAUACAAAUGAUUGAACACAAAAAGCCCUGACGAGACAUUUUUGAUGUUCAAUGCCAUCAUCAGUCUUCCACAAGGUCUGCAUAAAUUUCAAAUCCUUAUGCCGUAGGCUGUACUAUAAUCAAAACAGUCUCUCGGUCUAAUUGUAAUUUUGAUCAAUUCUAGAUGCUUUUUUAGAAGAAUAGUUUGCCGAAUCGCCGCAUUAAAAGUCGUAGAACCAUCUGCACUGUUUGCUCUUCCAAAAGCGAGAGCAGUCAUGACUGCACUUGAGGCUCAAUGUUAUGCUAGUGGAUAGUAUUCAAAUGAUAUAUUUGUAAAACCGUGGUUUUGUAAUUACGAUGACAGUGAGAUUCAACAUAACAUUGAUGUACGAAAAUAGGGUGAACGACCAGCUGAAGCCGGUAAGAUGUAAUCUUAAUGUUGAGUCUCACUGUAACUUUCCCAAUUGACAAUGUCUGAUUGGUAUUUAUUUGUCGCUAAGGGAUUACGCCCAUCGAUAUGUCCAUUACACUAUUUCCAGUUAGCCUUAUUCAAAUCAAAAUUCUAUGCUUCCCCAUCAUAUUUUUGACCUGUUCGGGACACCGACUUGGAGAAUAACUUUACAGAGAAUAAUUUUAGUGACGAAGACAAUUAAAAGUAUUUAAAUGAAGCUCUCCUUUUUCCAUUUAACACAAUCGAUAAUUUUACGUUUUAGUGUCUGGGCAACAUAUAAUUGCUGACCGGCAAGAUUCCAACUUUUUGUUACGAUAUAGAGUAAAAAGUAUUAAAAACUGAAAAGUAUUUAAAGUCAUAGAAACGAAACUUAAGAAUUGUCUGAUUCUAUCAUCGCAUUGAUCGAACGCACAGACUUUUCCGGCUAUAUUUAUUUGUAGUUUCCGAAUUUUUUCUCUUUUUUGAAAAUUAUGAAUGGUCUGAAUUAUGUCAAAACAACCAACAUUUAUGCCGCAUUUAUGGACUUCGGCAUCCCUUAUACAGUCUCUUUGUAUGGGACAAAUGAUGAGAAUGGAACAAGUAGGAUCGAUUGACCGAUCUAUUCUGUGGAGAUGAUCUUUCAUUAUUAGGAGCGAAAAAAUAGACAGUCGAAUGAGCAGCUUUUUAUUGGCUCUUCACUAUCGCGUUCGAUUUUGGACAGACAAUUUUUAAGUAUCCUUGUUUUUUAAACGUUUAACGAUUUAUAAUAUUUAACUGUAAUUGAAAUU